UGGGAGCAUAUAUAAAUUAGGACCGAGGACCACACGCAACAUUCCAGGUUCUGUGUGGACGAGUGUCGGAAAAUGGAGUGUUUAUUCCUCGUGUUGUUGUCGGUUUCCAGCAGCCUGUGCUUUGGGAAUUACAGCCACCUGGGGACCGGGUCCAGCAUGGCGGUCUGCCAACCCGACACCUGUGCCCUGCUCACCGCGGUGGCAGCCAUGGGGGAGAAGCUGGAAGCCAUGUCGCAGACACAGGGCAAGCUCGAGCAAAACCUCGGCACCAUGAUGCAGAAGAUGGCCGGCGUCGAAGCCACCUUGCAGUCCUACAAAAGCCAGUCCCAGGAGCUCCAGAAGAUAAACCAGGCCCAGGACGAGCAGCUGAAGGCCCUCGCAGACCUCACGUCGUCAACCGCAUCGAAGAUGGCUUUCUCCGCCGCUUUGGGAGCCUCAACCGGUCCGUUCGCUCAGGACACGCCGCUUAAAUACCAGAGAAUCCUCUCCAACAUCGGCAGCGGCUACAACCCCGCCACGGGCAUCUUCACCGCCAUGGUCCGGGGGAUGUACUACUUCAGCUACACCAUGUACAACAACAACUCCGGACAGCCCAACUCGGUGGUGUCCCUGAUGAUGAACAGCCAGAAGAUGGUGUCUACGUGGGACACGGUGGGCGACGACAGCCAGGACAGUGCGACCAACGCAGCCGUGGUGCAGCUGGAGGCCGGAGACAGCGUGUACGUGCAGCUCUACGCCAACAGGGCGGUCUUCGACGACAGCUAUUACUACAACACCUUCAGCGGCUUCCUGCUCUUCACCUUGUGAUGAACUGCGUCGUGUGACGUGCGACGGACCCAAAUCCAAUCGGUCCCAUUAAGUUAAGAAACAAAUCUUAUUUGUAAAUGGCUUUAUCGGAGAUUUUGCUGCUUUGAAUAACAACAAACGUGGAAAUAAAAACUUCUCAUUUACCUCUUUUGAUUACGUGAGCGACGGGUGUUGUGGGUGAAACUUACCAAAGUGAUGGGGUGAGUCUUCAACUUUGUCCAUGGUAUCUGUGAAUGAAAACAGAGCAGCGGCUUAGCUUCUCAGCCACACAGUAUUCUGAUCCAUUUGGCAAGCGUUUGGCCUUUUAGUGCUCCCGAAAAACACCUAAACUACAUUACCAUUCAAAUCAAUGGGUUGCACAAAUCAAAUUAAAUGCUACUGAAUUAAAUCAAGUCAAAAGCAGCAGGCCAGUUAGCUCAGAGAUGAAGGAAGAAAGAGAAAUCAAUGAGUCUGGACUGACAGGCAGUUAGUUCCAUUCAGCUCCGGCGCUCCAUUAAUCCUCAACAUGCCGCCUCUUGAUUCAAGUCCGUGUCAAAUUAUAGAGCAAAAGAGAUUAAACACUCAUGUUCACUUUGCAGUUCUAGGAGUAUAAUGCUAGGAGGUGCCAGUAGGGGGCGUUAGCUCAGACCUGUCACUUUAAGUCUAAAGAGCAGGAACAUUUAUGUACUUUUAUUUAAUUUCAUUUGUUUGUGUCUUUUAAAAUGGAGGUUAGAGUGUUGCUCCUCGGUAACAGGAAGAGAUGAAGAAGAGAAGGGGAUCUAACGAGUGAGGAAGUGAGAUAUACAUCUGUUCUCUUUUUUCUUUUUACCAUCAGUAAGCAACACAACGCACUUUAAGCAGGUUUCAAUUCCAUUGAAAUCUGAUGCUCCACACACACACUUACUGAAAAUGAUGCGGGUAUUAUCGUUGCAACACUGACAAUGACACAGCAAUGACAAUAUUUCAUUGGGUAGUGACCAAUAAAAUGGAGAUUCAAACAAGUGUGCGAAGACAGGGUUGAGAACAGAGAGACAACCAGGAGGUGGAAAAGAAAACGUUGACUUUGGUCUGAAUAAAAGUCCAAGUCACGAAGGAAAUUACAUUCACUGUUUCCAGGGUGUGUCAGAGUCUCUUAUACCAUGACCAUGAUGACCGUGACCACAUCUCAGGCAUCAGUCUGUGUGUGUGUGUGUGUAGAGCAAAGACUCAAUGGAAGUGUACACCAUACGCUUGAAUCAAGUGUCAGCAUGUCUGUUUCUAUACAGAGGAGAAUUAUGUUGUUUUCUGGGUUUCCUUUCAUUUUGUAAUGAAAUAAAAUAACGUCAAUCAGUUGUGUGUAUUAUUUUAAAGAUGACUUUGUAAAUAAAUCAGAUCUUUGUACUUUUGUUUCAACAAUCCCCUUCAAAGAAUUAAAGAUGUAAAGCAAAAACUUGA